GGGGCAACGCCUAAUACAUAUUAUCUUUCAUCUAAUAUCAGUUUACUAUCGGCCUUUCUGCCGUACUCCCUAACAUCUUCAAACUUCUGUCUGCUGUUUUGUGGCAACUUGUCCAUUCAUCAUCAUAUUCAACAGUUUCUUCUACUACAUUUUUCUAUACAUUAUAACUGAUGUCUGAGAUUCGUCGGAAGCUUGUAAUUGUUGGGGAUGGUGCUUGUGGAAAGACCUGUCUUUUGAUUGUUUUCUCUAAGGGUACUUUCCCUGAGGUGUAUGUUCCCACUGUAUUUGAAAAUUACGUUGCAGAUGUAGAAGUAGAUGGAAGACAUGUUGAAUUGGCAUUAUGGGAUACAGCUGGUCAGGAAGAUUAUGAUCGUCUUCGACCACUUUCUUAUCCCGAUUCUCACGUAAUUUUAAUUUGUUUUGCUGUUGACUCUCCUGAUUCCUUGGAUAACGUACAGGAAAAGUGGAUUUCAGAGGUAAUGCACUUCUGUCAAGGGUUGCCUAUCAUUUUGGUUGGUUGUAAGAAAGAUUUGAGGUUUGAUUCUAAGACAAUUGAAGAGCUACGUAAAACGUCUCAAAGACCAGUGACACCGGAAGAGGGAAUGGGCGUUGCAUCGAAAAUUGGUGCAUACAAAUAUUUGGAAUGUUCGGCCAAAACAGGUGAGGGCGUCCGUGAGGUAUUCGAACAUGCCACACGGGCGGCUCUUUUGGCCAAGAAAAAGACAAAAAGGCAUAAUAUGUGUUUAGUUUUGUAGAUUUGGUAAUUCGAGUGAGCAAGUUUAAAAUACAAAAAGACGGGUCAAAAGAAAUCGUUUAAUCUGGUUGUCCUACUUUUUUAUUACCCCUUCUUUUCUCCUUAAUUUUUUUCAUUUCAUUUGUUUAUUUUAUUUUAUUUUAUUUUUGGACUAAAUUAUAUGUUCUAUCAUUACUAGUUUUAUUUUAUGAAAUUUUAUAAUGUGGAAUAAGUACACAAAUUAUU